CUCUACGUCCACCUCACCUUGACCGCUCAACGACGACUGGGGGCUAGGACGUCCACGGCUCUUAAAUUCCCCCACGAAGCUUCCUUGUAAAGCUUGCCUGCAGUGCUGAGCUCACCAGCUGCUCGCGACAAACAUGAAGCCCGCCAUCUCGAUUAGAGGCAAAUUGGCACAGCUGAGGUAUGAGCUGCCGCAUCGAGUGCACGACGCAAAGAUCUACCCCGUCAAAGCUCCAAACGGCUCGACUGUCAUACUGUACGGCCACGAGAACGGCGUCGGCAUACUGUGGAGAGGAGGACGCCCUCUAAAGAAAGCCGCGCCGCUGCCCAAGCAACCUGCAAAGCCGCCACCUAAGGUAAACGGGACCAACGAUGCCAUCGUGAUAAUCGAUUCGGACGACGAGGAGCCCGCAAAAGCCGCUCCGCAACCGCUACCACAAGCUGAAUUUGAGGAAGAGGAGGAAGAAUUGGACCCAGACCAGCCGUACCCAUCCAUUAUCCAGCAGCUGCGCUUACCUCUGAACACCGAGGUCCUGCACAUCGCGGUGCCGCAGGUGCCGGCGACUUCGGAGGUUAGUCCUGGAGAUACAGUGCCGCCAAUAUUCAGCAAGAAGAUGGUAUUUGCGGUGGCUUGCACAGACUAUAGUGUUCGCGUCAUCACUUUGCCACUGAAUCCUCCGCCAAAUACAGCAAAAGAGAGGCUUUUAAGCGCCAAGUCACCGUAUGGGGAGGAGGUUAUCAAGAUUCCCACCUAUGCUGGUCAUCAAACCAUCCCAAGGGGGGUGAGUGUGACCUGGACUGCGCGAGGUGAACCAAGUCACAAGCACGUGUCCGAGGACGAGAUGGACGUCGACGGAGAUGAACGUACGGCUACCACUUCCGGUAGGCGAAGUCCCCGUAAGAGGCAGAGUCGUUCCCGUUCCGCCCAUCGUAGCGACGGCGAGGGCUUUGACUUGCUCAUUGCGUCCCACUCUACCGAGCUCGGUGGCCUUCUGAAAUUCUGGCGUUUCGGCCUCACUGACAAGUCGAUAACGGCCACAAAUCCUGUCUCGGCGUACCAGACGCUCACCCUACGAAACCCAGCAUCGAAAAUAGCGUUCAACACUGCGCAAUAUCCCAAGCGUCGCCAUUCGCAGCUUCUCAUCACGGACCAGUUGGGCAUUGCGCGCAUCUAUGACCCUUUCGCGCUACGUAAAGGACGCACAGAGCCUGGUGCAUUUAUCGCUUUGUUUAGGACAUCCUUUGCAAACGCCAAGACCACUACACCUACUCCACCGAUACUCGCCGCUCGCAAGGCCAUCAUUGACGCUACUUGGGUGUCCGAUGGCCACCAUAUCCUCGCAUUGCUGGCGGAUGGCGAGUGGGGCCUCUGGGACGUCGACCGAACAGGCCCGAGUCCUCCAGCCGAUCCGUCCGCAUUUUCUAUGCGCGGUUUCGUGGGGACUUCAGACAACGAGCGAGCUAGCAGCGGUGCUUCUAGCCCGAAAUCUCGCGGGGGCCGUGGCUCAUUGGUGCCGAUGACACCAAACACGCGACGUAGGAAGGAGGAGACCCUGUUCCAUGGUAGCUCAUCUAGUAGUUCCAUACCUACUCGUGGCGGCAUUUGCGCAGCCUCGCUGUCCUCUGCGGAUGGAGGGACACUAGCAGACUCUAUCAUCAUUUGGUACGGCACUGAGGUCUACAGAAUUUCAGAUCUCGCCAAGUUCUGGUCCCGCACCGUGUCAAGCAGCAGUGGGAGCUCUCUGUCAGGACCUGGGCCAUCACAGCUACACGACAUUCCUUUCCUUGGAGAGUCGAUCACAUCCAUUGAUCAAUUCGACACUACUGCUAGGGACGCAAGAAUGGCUACUCCUAGGGAUGCGCUUAUAGCAGCAGAGCACAGGUUGAUUAUUACAGCAAGCACGAAAGAGCCGCUCGGAAGAGAUCUGAACGCUGCAUUCGAGAGCGAGCAGGCGGUAGAGGAGCAGAUGAGGAGGACCGACCAGGCGCUAUUGGCUCGCGGUGAGCUUGAUUUGGGCGGAAUGGACAGGCUGCUGGAGAAUAUGGAAGAAAGCGGAAGCGGGUCACACAGCUUGGUGCUUGGUAACCCUCGAAAGGUCCUGUUUGCUUCGUCGACGUCUUGAUAAAGUACGAGAUGACUUACUGUUACAGCGCCGCGCAUCGGUAUCCCUCGUCAGAUCCUUCGAUUCCUUGAUGAGAACCCCGAAGAGGUUGUGGAGGCAGUACGUGAAUGGUCGCUAAGCCAAUUUCUUUCCUUCCCUUGGUCUCCAAAGGAAUCCGCCAGGGCUCUGAGAUUUAGACAAGGACUGGGAACGAGAGUCACAGGGUGCGAUUGCAGGGUCCCUUUGUACAUGAUAUCCCGAUUUUCACUAUCUUCAGUCGUGUCCGAAGGCAUGCCGAUUUCGGCAUUAGCGUCCCGAAGACUGCCCGACACUCGUGCUGAUGUAACCCGGUUCAAGACUUCGA